ACCCUCUAUUCCACAAUCGUCGACAUGGUUCUUCAAGAUUUAGGGCGGCGCAUUAAUGCCGCGGUCAACGACCUCACGAGGUCACCGAACCUCGACGAGAAGGCUUUCGAGUCCAUGGUCAAGGAGAUCUCCAGUGCCCUCCUCGAAGCCGAUGUUAAUGUCAAACUCGUAAUGAACCUCCGCAAUUCCAUCAAACGCUCCGUCGAUUUCAAGCAUCUCGCUCCCGGUGUGAACAAGAAACGCCUCGUGCAAAAAGCUGUGUUCGACGAGCUCGUCAAGCUCGUCGAUCCCCACGCAGAACCCUUCAAACCCCGGAAAGGCAAAUCCAAUGUUAUCAUGUUUGUUGGUCUCCAAGGUCACGGUAAAACGACCACGUGUACAAAGUUGGCGAGAUGGUACUCUGCAAGAGGGUUCAAGGCGUGUUUAGUCUGUGCGGAUACCUUCCGUGCCGGUGCUUUUGAUCAGCUAAAACAGAACGCGACCAAAGCAAAGAUUCCUUACUACGGUAGCCAUACACAGACAGAUCCGGUAGAAGUGGCUAGAGAGGGUGUCGAAAAGUUCAAGAAGGAAAGAUUCGAGAUCAUCAUUGUUGAUACAUCUGGCCGUCACAGGCAAGAACAGGAUCUUUUCGACGAGAUGGUUCAGAUCCAGGGCGCCGUCAAACCCGAUCAGACUAUCAUGGUUCUCGACUCUACCAUCGGACAGGCAGCAGAGGGACAUUCCCGCGCUUUCAAGGAGGCGGCAGACUUCGGAGCUAUAGUACUUACCAAGACAGAUGGUGCCGCUAUGGGUGGUGGUGCCAUUUCUGCCGUCGCUGCGACUCAUACGCCUAUCGUUUUCCUCGGUACCGGAGAGCACAUGCUCGAUUUCGAACGUUUCAAUCCACAAUCCUUCGUAUCAAAACUGCUGGGUAUGGGUGACAUCACUGGACUUGUGGAGCAUGUCCAGUCACUCAAGCUCGACCAAAAGGAUACCAUGAAGCAUAUUGCAUCCGGAAUCUUCACCAUCAAAGAUCUUCGCGACCAACUUUCUAAUAUAAUGAAGAUGGGUCCAUUGUCAAAAAUGGCCGGCAUGAUCCCUGGUCUGAGCAACAUCAUGGGAGGUAUGGACGACGAAGAAGGUAGCCUCAAGCUGAAGCGUAUGAUUUAUAUCUGCGACAGCAUGACGGAGAAGGAACUAGAAUCCGACGGCAAAAUGUUCGUUGAGCAACCCACGCGCAUGACGCGCAUCGCCCGCGGCUCCGGCACGUCAGUCCGCGAGAUCGAGGAACUCCUCACCCAGCACCGCAUGAUGGCCGGCAUGGCCAAGAAGAUGAAGGGAGGAAUGGCCAAUAUGCAAAAGGCGCAAGGCGCCAUGGGUGGUGGCAACAAGGCGCAACAAAUGGCCGCAAUGCAGAAACGCAUGGCUAGCAUGGGUGGUGCCGGCGGUAUGGGUGGAGGCAUGCCGGAUCUCGGUGCCAUGAUGAAGAUGCUCGGUGGUGGCGGUCGCGGAGGCGGCCCUGGCGCCGGUGGUAUGCCCGACAUGUCUGCUCUUGGCGGUAUGGGUGGGAUGGGCGGUAUGGAUAUGGCGAGUAUGAUGAAAAUGAUGGGUAAUAUGGGCAUGGGUGGUCCAGGUGGGGGUGCGCCAGGCCAGGGUGGUGGAAGGGGUAGGCGGUGA